AAUUUGUGCAGAUGUAUGUAUGACCACAAUUGUACAAUCGGGUUCGGUGGUGGAUUUUCUUAUUCGCAAUCAAAAUGUGAAAACUCCGUUCGAAAUCGACUGGAAUAAGGCUAGAGGGACGCUAAAAAACUUGAGGUUUAAAGUAAAUCACUUGAAAUUCGAGUUCAAAAUCACGGGAUUUAGCGACAGGCCUUGCAAAGAACAGAAAUUCUCUCUGAAGCUGGGAGAAGCAAACGUUGAGACUACGGUUUACGAUUAUUUUGUGAAGACGCGUGGAAUUAAGCUGAGUUUUAGUGCAAACUUACCAUGCAUCAACGCUGGGAAGCCUCGUAAACCGAAAUUCUUUCCAAUAGAGCUUUGUUCGUUGGUUCCUUUGCAACGUUACAAGAACGAGUUAACCGGUUAUCAAACUUCUGCAAUGAUUAAAAAAUCAAGCCAAAAACCAGAGGAAUUGCUUCAGUUUUUGGCUGAUACUGGGAAAAUGAUUAAGCAUGAGGCUGAACCACUGUUGAAAUCUUGUGGCAUUUCAAUCGACGGCUCGUUUGUUCAAGCUGAAGGCCGUGUUCUUUCAGCCCCACGCUUAAUAAUGGGAAAUGGAGAACAUAUCUUUCCUAGAAAUGGCUUCUGGAACAUCAAAGAUAAGAAACUUUUGGCGCCAAAAAAACUCGAAAACUGGGCUGUGGUGAACUUCUCAACUAGCUGCGAUAUACGUAGUACGUGCCUAAAAUUGGCGAAAGUGAGCUCGAAUUACGGAAUGGUAGUAAGUCCUCCGGCAUGCGUUAUUCAAGAAAAUCCCAAGUAUAAAAAGAAACCGGCUUCUGUUCGAGUGGAAGUGAUGUUCCAACAAAUAAAAUCGAAAUUCCGACAAAAUCCACCUCGCUUCAUUCUUUGCCUCCUUUCCGAUAAGAAAUUCUGCGACUUAUACGGUCCGUGGAAAAAGAAGACCAUUGUAGAAUUCGGAAUUCUCGAUCAAUGCGUUUCGAAUAAUAAAAUCGACGAGAAGUAUCUCAUGAAUCUCAUGCUCAAGAUAAACGCAAAGCUCGGUGGUUUUAAUCAUACUAUUCUUUCGGAAAUAACGAGAAGUAUCCCAUUUGUUAGUAAGAUUCCUACAAUGAUAUUUGGAAUGGAAGUUUCCCACGCUUCUCCGGGGGCCACGGAGAGACCUUCCAUUGCUUCCGUUGUCGGAUCAAGAGAGUGGCCGAGAAUUUCGAGUUAUAGAGCGUGCCUUCGUGCACUCCCGCCGAAAGUUAAAAUGAUUGAUUCGCUUUUUAAGCCAAUUUCUGAACAAAAAGAUGCUGGCAUAUUCAGUGAGUUGCUGUUGGAGUUUUUCGCGAGUUCCGGGAAUAAAAAACCAGCUCAAAUUAUCAUAUUUAGGAAUGGAUUGAGCACAACAGAGUAUAAACAAAUUGUGAAGGAAGAAAUGGAUCAGAUACUUAAGGCAUGUAAUUUUCUCGAGGAGAAAUGGCGUCCGAAAUUCACAGUGAUCGUCUCACAGAGACGACAUCACACUAAAUUCUUCGAUAAAUCCAAUUCGGGAGCUAAUGUUUCUCCAGGAACUAUUGUUGACAACAAAGUUUGUGAUCUUCAAUGUAAUAACUUCUACAUGAAUGCUCAUGCUGCAAGAAUAGUAAGUUAUUCAAAUUCACAAUUUAUUAUUACUAGCAAAAAAAAAAAAAACAAAGCAUCAUUAGUUGCUGAAUUUUUUUACGAUUCUUGCGGUUCGAUUAUUAGGGGACUCCGAGGCCGACACAUUACCAUGUGCUGUUAGAUGAAAUAGGUUUCUCGUCGGAUGAUCUGCAAGAAGUUAUUCAUUCUUUAUCAUACGUUUUCCAGAGAAGCAACAACGCGAUUUCCGAAGGUAAUGAUGCAUGUCUAAAUACUAGAAUGUCAAGAACAUGUGUCCGUUUUUUGGUGAAAAAUAUAAUCUGCUCGAUUCUUGCAGUUGCUCCAGUUCGCUAUGCUCGAUUAGCAGCUGCUAAGAUAUCACAAGUAAUUAAAGCUGAGAAAAUGACGAACACAUCUUGUAACGGUCAAGGGGGUCAACUGCCAAAGCUGCACAAAAAUGUGUCUUCUUCGAUGUUCUUCAUUUGAUUUUAUUACAACU